AUGAUUUCCUAUCCAAUUUAUAAUUUCAUAUCACGAGUUCAAAAUGGAAACUCACAACGACUGGGCCGCGUAUCUCGAGCAGAGACGAAAGCCACAGCCAUGGUAUUCGUAAUGAUCCUAGCCUUCACCAUUUCGUGGACCCCCUACUCUCUAUUUGCGCUAAUAGAACAGUUCGCCACAGAGAGAAUUAUAUCUCCAGGAGCUGGUGUUAUUCCAGCGCUAGUUGCGAAGAGCUCAAUUUGCUAUGAUCCUCUUAUUUAUGUAGGAAUGAAUACCCAAUUUCGAAACUCAAUGAAACGAAUAUUCGGUAUUCAUACAAAAGGUCAAACAUCCAGGACUGAAAGAGAUUACCCAAAUAAUCGGAUGUCACCAGUUAAUAAAUUAUCCAGCGCCAAUAAUAAUACUACACGAAUUAUUUCAGAAACUAAUUUAUCCAGCAUACAAAAAACUCCGAAGGAUAAAAAAAAUAUAUUUAAUGACGAUUUAUCCGAAGCCACAUACAACGAGUACCAUCGAACAUUCACAAGGGAUAACGAACUUUGCACCAUUCCCGAAAACAAGCACUCUGAUGUGGAACGGUCUGGUGAUACCGUUUAUGACGAAGAUAGCAGCAAUAAUAGCAAUAACCGAAAAAAUGAGUUUUUUGGAGAAUCUUGUAAAAUGAGCAAUGAGAGAUCACCAGUACUUACUUUUAUGGAUUCUGAAAGAUUGCUAUUUAGCAAAAUACCAGAGUGUGAAGAUAUUGAAGCGGAUGCAAGCAAAACCUUUGGAAAUGAAGGUUUUGAAGAACAUUGUACAGAUCAACCUAAUAGACACAAUUCCAAAAUAGAAAACGAGCAACAAAGCUUACAGAAGCAAAGGAUGUUACGACAAAGUUUCUCUUUAGACUUUCCCCGCCUCUUAAAUGAAAAUAAACAAAGAAAACUUUCAAUAGAGACAAAAAUGGAAUGUCUUAUCCAACCCAAAGGUUUCUUCAGGGAAACAAUUACUAAAAUUUUUGACAAAGACGCCAUCCAAGCACAAGACAGUUUUAAGAGUUAUCUGUGCGACUACAAACAUGAAAGUGGGCACGAUAACUUGUAG